AUGAGUGUGAGGUUGGAAAAGAGACGUUCGAGUUUGCAAAAAAGUGAUCAGUUCCAGGUCUUUUAUAUAGAAAGAGAGUUCUUACAACAACAAGGUUGCGCAUUAUCAUUAGUCAAUGUGAUAAAUGUAGACCUAUAUCAAAAGAAGAAUGUAUAUCGUUAUUUCCCUCUAUUCUAUAGAUUGGUGAAUUGUGAAUGUAUUAUAAUGAGUAGUACAAAGAUACAUAUGGAGGUACCAUUCAGCACAGUGCCCAAGCUGCGAGAGGUCUAUUUGAGGAACUGUGUGUUUGUAGACAAGCAAACAUUGUUUGACACUUUGCUGUCUUUGAAAAGGGUAAAGACUCUCCAACAUAUAUGUCUGGAGGGUUCGGUGGUCGAGCCAAAGAAUCAUCCCAUUGAUAUUGCAACUAUAAUACCAAGGGACUUUCCAAACUUGAUAUAUUACAACUUUAAAGAGUUAAAGAGUAGGAGGCAAGAACUUGAACUAAGCAAUUGGGAUAGGGAAGAGAUUGAAAGAUUGAAGGAAAAGUACCAGUUGAGUGAUAAAGAAUAUGACAAUAACAACAACAACAACAACAACAACUACAUGAAUAUUAAACAUGCUCCAGGAAGAAGUCCAUCACCAACUCCGACACCAGUUCCAGCUCGAGCACCAACUCCAACUCCAACACCAACUCCAGUUCGAUCUCCAACUCCUACCCCCUCCAAACCAAUUAUUAGACCAACUUCACCUGCUCCACAAUCUUUGGCCUCAUCAGCAUCAUCACCAUCAGCAGCUGUUCAAUCUAAUGCUUCACCAACUCCAAUCAAAUCGAAUCUUAGACCUACUUCACCUGCACCUCAAACAUCUCCAACAACAAAAGCAUCAAAGUCUACCAUACCAGUUACAAUAUCCAAGGUUUCUUCAUCAAAGUCGACUUCCCAAGUUUCUUCAAAUAAUCAAACCACCUCCAAACCAAGGUCGCCGACUUCAACCAUAGUAUCAUCCAAACCAACUACGACAACAUCGCCAUCUAAACCAAGAUCACCAACCUCAACUAUUGUAUCAUCCAAACCUACUACUUCAUCGUCUACAUCAUCCAAACCAAGAUCACCAACCUCAACUAUUGUUUCUUCCAAAACAACAACUGCUUUUAGACCAACCUCACCAGCGCCACUUUCCAACAAGCCAAUCAUUAGACCACCAUCCCCAUCACCUACCUCUGCCAAACCAGUCUCGAGUUCUAGAAUCUCGACCUCUUCUCCUUCAUCACCUGUCACAUCCAGGAUCAAGUCUACCACCUCAUCAACUCCAUCUUCCUCGACAUUAUCAAAGGCAACAUCUCAACCGGAUGCCCCACCAUCUCCAAUCAGACCAAGGGCAUCAACUCCAGUAUUAUCACCAGACAUUAGGUCCAAACCAAAGAUGAUAUCACCUUCCAAGGAGAGCAAAAUGUUGGCAGACUCAUUGAGUAUGAUGAUCGAUUCAUUCAGUCUUGAAGAGAUUGAAAUGGUCCAACAGCUAUUGGAACAAAAGAAGAAACAGUUGAUGUUGGCGAAUGGCCAAUAA